GAAUAUAAUAUUAUCGCUUCCAGUUGUUGAUCGAGCUAAGCUUUUAGUUUGAAAACCUACCGGAAGUUGUGUUUGUUACAUGCUCGGCAGCAAUGGCUGCGUCUAUGGCGGCGCAUGCUGACUGAAUGACAGCGCGCACUCAGCUCAGGAGCGUGUUGUAACCAACAGCUGAAGUGAACAUAAGUAGGUUCUGCAGAAAGACACGGAGAUGUUGUCAAUAUCAGCCGGUAUAAGCCGGUGCUGGUCCCUGACAGCCAGCUCCAGGGCUCUUUCGGGUGCCCGGUGCGCCCUGCUCACUUCCCGGUCUCUCUCCAGCUCCGUCCCCGCCCAGAGCGAGGUCACGCCGGCUCCUCUGCGGCAGUGGGCUCUGGUCGUGAGCCCUUUCACCACAGUUCGGGCCCAGGUAGACUGCAGCAUCUCCAUCCGGCCGCUGGACCCGCACGCCUUCCCCGAGGCGGACCGAGCCUUCAUCACAGUCCGCGGGGCGGACGCAGAGCACCGGGGGUGUCUGGACCACUUCCAGGUCCACUACGACGAGCAGAGCAGAGAGCUGCGGAUCUCCGCACACAAGGUGCACAGCGACCUGUCCAUUGAGAUGGAGACACCUAUCAAAAGUAAUCUCUUCAUCACAACUCGAGGAAAAGGCGGCGUGCAAGUGAAGCAAAUGGAGUGUGAUGUCUGCAAAGUACUGACAGAAAAAGGCAAUUGUUUACUGCACUCCGUGAAGGGUCAUCAGGUUGAGGUGCAGUCUCACGGUGGAGAUGUCACUGGUGCGGGCACGAUCCAUGGCAACGUGAACAUCAGCACAACAGGAGACAGCGGUGUGAAUGUGAAAAAGCUCCAAGGCACCAAGAUGAACGUUUCGACAGAGCACGGCUCUCUGAGGGUCAAAGCCAUAUAUGCCGAGUCAAGCUGUGUCUCCUCCGUCUCUGGGAGAGUUGAACUGGGGCAUUUACAUGGCAUCACUACAGUGACAAAUGUAUCUGGGGAUACAGUUAUCGAUGGUUCAAAUAGUUUGCUGAAAGUCUCCUCUGACAGCGGAGGGAUUGACGUCUACGUCGGGGAUGGUGGAGCUGCCGACCUCCACAGUCAGAAAGGAGCGGUAAGUGUGCGUGUGCCAUCCUCUUUAAAAGCUGGUGUGGAGCUCUGUGGAGCAUCGGUGGACAUCAGUCCAGAGGUUGUUCUGCAUGGAGUUAAAAACACCGUCACUGAUGGAUGUACUACUCUUACCGGCUACAUGAAUGUGGAGUCUCCAGUUGAUCAGUGUGUGAAGGCUCGGGCAGACAGCAGCUCUGUUAAUCUGAGGACACAAAGCUGGUUCGAGUCCCUGAAGCUUGGAAGCUGAGUGGCGGGAGGUCUGGGGUCACAGUGCUGUGUCCCUGGACUGAAACUUCAUAUUUAAAUCAAGAGCUGUAUUUUAUGCUGCCCUCCCCAAAGACUGAAUGUUCUUUGCUGAAUUAUUUAACUCUGAGCUCAGGAUAUACCAUGUAUCAUUUAGAAAUAUACAUUAAAUCUUAAUUUUUGAAAAAUA